ACUACUUCUUGCGUAUUCAUUUUUUUGUUUACUAGUCCGCACAUCGAACGAUCUAAAAUAGAUACAAAAUUCCUCGAGCGAUCGAGAGCGUUUGUUACAUACGCACUUGUGUUACUUGCAAUAGUUGUAACACUCGCAACAUCAAUUCGGAACGUCACUCUCUCUCUCACUUUUCUUGAAACCAUCUGACGUGUUCCAUCACGGACACCAAAUGACGCUACUGAUCUCGGACAACCUCGGAGGAAGAGAUUAGCGAGGAGGGAGAGAUUAUACAGUUUUCUCAUCGUGUCAUCGAAGUCUAAUUGAAAACAUUGUCCGAUACGUUAUCGAUUUAACGUAAUCAUUAUCAAUCGUUAAUCUCUUUUGCACGUGGUCAUUAACAUGAACUCAGUGCCGCGGGUGCCGCAAAUUUUGUUGUGAGACUUUGUAUUUUUUUCGCGAACUGACGGAUAUGGCAGACUUAAAACCGAAUGACGAAUUGGACUGGGUGAAAAUACAUGAAGAUCUGAAUAACACUUAUAUUACCGAGACGUUUUUUCAGAAGGCGAUACGUAAAACGCGAGAGAAUCCACUAGUACCGAUAGGAACCCUCGCGACUAUAACAGCUCUAAGUAUUGGACUCAUCAGCUUUUAUAAAGGAAAGAGAGAAAUGCAACAAUACAUGAUGCGUGCUCGUGUUGGUGCUCAAGCAUUUACUAUCGUUUGCAUGGUCGUAGGAUUUAUAAUGAUACCCAAGUCAAAGUGAAAUUGAUAUGUUGAUUUAUGAAUCAACAUCAAGUUUCUACUGUAGUAUUAGGCUUGUUCUGGUCAUAUGAUAUACUUAAUAUGAACAUCCCUUAUAUAAUUUGGGAUAAUCUCUGUUGAUGUUGUAAAAAUAUUUUGAAAUAAAAAUAUUUACAAAAAUGUAACUAAU